GUCACUCGCUUUAACAAACAAUGACCACGGACAGCAAAAAUCCCAGGAAUCCAACAAAAUGGAAGCAACCUACGAACGAGGAUUCUCCGCUGCUGCCAAGUCGGACGGACCAAGAUGAUGAGCCGGCAGCGGGGGAGUUUAAUGGGGCAUCUUUCACCGGCGCGGUGUUUAAUCUGUCGACCACCAUUAUUGGCGCCGGGAUUAUGGCGCUGCCGGCCACCAUGAAAGUGUUGGGACUCGGCUUUGGGAUUGGGAUGAUCGUGUUUGUGGCGGUUCUGACGGAGGCGUCGGUGGAGAUGCUGCUGAGGUUCAGUAGGGUCGGGAAGGCUGCGACUUUUGGAGGGGUGAUGGGGGAUGCUUUUGGGAAAGCUGGGAAAGUUGUGUUUCAGCUGUGCAUCUUGGUUAACAAUCUUGGAACCCUCAUCAUCUACAUGAUCAUCAUUGGUGACGUGCUUUCUGGAACUUCUUCAACUGGAGUUCACCAUGCUGGGGUGUUAGAAGGGUGGUUUGGUGAACACUGGUGGAACGGGCGCACCUUCGUGCUGCUCGUUGCAACCAUUUUCGUGUUUGCUCCAUUGGCAUCGUUGAAGCGAAUAGAUUCGUUGAGAUACACAUCCGCUUUAGCAGUUGCGCUGGCGAUUGUUUUUCUUGUUAUUACUGCAGGAAUUGUUGUUACUAAACUCUUUUAUGGAGGUAUUUCCAUGCCCAGGCUCCUCCCUAACGUGUCGGAUAUUGCAUCUGUGUGGAAUCUCUUCACGGUUGUUCCUGUCCUUGUGACGGCCUUCAUCUGCCACUUCAACGUGCAUACUAUCGACAGUGAGCUCGAAGACACUUCCUUGAUUCAACCAAUUGUACAGACAUCAUUGGCUUUGUGCUCUACUGUCUACAUUCUGACUAGCUUUUUCGGUUUCCUCCUAUUCGGGGACUCAACUCUUGACGAUGUGCUAGCCAAUUUCGACACCAACCUUGGCAUCCCUUACAGCUUUUUGCUUAAUGAUGUCGUUCGCAUCAGCUAUGCCCUCCACCUCAUGCUUGUUUUUCCCGUUAUUUUCCAUCCACUGCGACUCAACUUGGAUGACCUCCUCUUUCCUUCGUCUAGGCCUCUGGUUUCCGACAAUUGUAGGUUUACAUUAAGCACCAUCGGACUAAUUUCUCUCGUCUUCUUGGGCGCAAAUUUUAUUCCCAGCAUCUGGGAUGUUUUCCAGUUCUCUGGAGCGACCGCUACAGUCUGCAUCGGAUUCAUCUUUCCUGCUGCCAUCGCUCUAAGGGACAAACACGGCAUAGCAACAACGAAGGACAAGAUCUUAUCCGUUUUCAUGAUCGGUCUUGCUGUGUUUGCGAAUCUGAUGGCGAUAUACAGCAAUGCUACUGCCUUGUUCAAAGAGAAGGUGUGAUUGUUAAGAGGCUGUUGUUAGAUGAACAACCUAUACUAUACCUGUAGAGCAUUGUCAUUUGAAAUCCAGGAAAGCACUCAAGUUUUCCAGGGAGAUAUAUGUAAGACAAAGCGAAAGCAAAAAUACAGCCUUCGAUCGCGUAUGUAUAAUUAUACGUACGAAAAUUCUGAUGCAA